GGUUCGUGACGUCAUGACCAGACGAAGGCGGAGCUGGUUCGUGAAGACGACAUCCCGAUCCCGGCGGAAAUGGGGGAUAGAUCUAAUGGAAAUUCAACAUCAUUUACGACCUGCAAUGGAAAUGGAAACCAAAAGGGAGGUUGCAGUCACUUAAGUGAUAAAGAUGAAGAAGAUUACGAGCUAGAGAUCGUAACUGCUGUGGCAGAUUUCUGUGCAAUAGAUGAUAGUCAGUUGAGCUUUGAAUCCGGACAAGUGCUGUCGGUGCUGCGUAAACCCAAUGUUGACUGGUGGUGGGCACGCAAGGGUAACAACACAGGUUACAUUCCAACCAAUCACAUCGCUACAGAACCCAUAGACCCCACCUCCAAACCUGAUUGGCAAGAUGAUGAAUACUUUGGUAGCUACAGUACUUUGAAAUUACAGCAAGAAAUGUUGAGCGACAAAGCCAGGAAUGAAGCAUAUCAGGUUGCCAUUGAGAGGAACAAGGAAGCUAUGAAGGGGAAAGUUGUUCUAGAUGUUGGUUGCGGGACAGGGAUUCUGAGCAUGAUGUGCGUCAAGUACGGAGGAGCAAAGAGGGUUCAUUCCAUUGAAGCCAGUGAGAUGGCUGAGACUGCUGAGAAGCUGAUAAACCACAACAACCUGUCCAAUAAAAUCACCCUCUACCAUGGAAAAGUAGAGGGAACCACCUUACCGGAGAAAGUAGACCUCAUCAUUUCAGAGUGGAUGGGAACCCUGCUUAUUUUUGAGUUCAUGGUUGAAUCUGUCCUCAUUGCACGAGAUAAAUGGUUGAAGCAAAGUGGGAAAAUGUGGCCAUCUCAAGCCCAUCUCUUCUUAGCUCCUACCACUGCAUCCAAACAUCAGGAUCGCAUCCAUUUCUGGGAUUCUGUUUGUGGCCUGGACUACUCCAUCUUGAGAACAGCUGCCAAGUCAGAAUACUUCUGUAAGCCUGUGAUCAACGAAGCAUUAAAUGCCAGCGAUCUUCUAGCCAAAGGAGAAGUUGUAUAUUCGUGUGACCUCAACACAGUUACUCUUAAAGACCUUGAGAUGAUCAAACAGGACUUUUCAUUCACCAUCAGCAAACAAGGAACUCUACACGGCUUUGCUUCCUGGUUCAGUGUAGAAUUUGAAGCAUUGCACAAGAGCCGUGCAGAAUGCGUCGUAUUGGACACCAGCCCGCAUGUCCCACUGACCCAUUGGAAGCAGGCAGCCUUGGUUCUAGAUGACUGGUAUGAUGUAGAGCCUGGGGAUGCUAUCCAGGGCACCAUGAGGAUGGAGAGAAGCUACAUGUGGAGGAGACACUUCAGAGUCGGGCUCUCAGGGACCAUCACUUUCAAAAACUCCAGCAAAACAAAGAAGACUUUCAUGAAGACCUUCAAAGUAUGGAGAUGACACUCUUCAGACAGCCUUUCUUCACAAACCCUUCUUUAUGGACAUCAUUAACUCCUAGGACACAAGCACAUCAUUUUUCACAUCUCAGUAUAUACAAAAACGGGUAACCUGGU